GGGAUAUUCAGGUUAUGACUGGUCCCCUGUGAUGGGGGGAAGAGCUGCAGAAGGGUGAAGGCUUAUCUCUGCUGUUGGUGACAUGGGAGCUGAAAGCAAUGGAAGUCUUGACCUAUCCGUCUUCCUGACUGGCAUCCCAGGAUUGGAGGCCCAACAUGGCUGGCUUUCCAUUCCUUUCUUCACUGUGUAUAUUGUGGCCAUUGUGGGUAACAACCUAAUCAUGGCAGCAGUGCAGGCAGACCCUGCCCUACACGAGCCCAUGUACUUGUUUCUCUCCAUGUUGGCUGUGACAGAGGUGGGUGUUUCUGUGUCUACACUGCCCACUGUCAUGGGUAUUCUUUGGUUUGAUGCCCGCCAGAUUGACUUGGAUGGCUGCCUGGCUCAGAUGUUCUUCAUCCACACUUUCUCCUGCAUGGAAUCAGGGGUCCUGUUGGCCAUGAGUUAUGACCGCUUUGUGGCCAUCUACAGUCCACUGCGAUAUACAGCCAUCCUAACCCUGCCACGUAUCAUUUGCAUGGGUCUGGGCAUCACACUGAAGAGUGUGACGCUCAUGGCCCCACUUCCAGUCCUUUUGAAACAACUGCCCUAUUGCCACACCAAUGUACUCUCCCAUUCCUACUGCCUCCACUCAGACCUGAUCCAGCUGCCUUGUGCUGAUACGAAGCUCAGUAGCAUCCUGGGUUUGGCCAUUGUCCUGGCCACUUUUGGGCUGGACUCACUGCUUAUCAUUGUCUCUUAUGUGCUGAUUCUUUACACGGUGCUGGGCAUUGCUUCUGGGGAGGGACGGCGGAAGGCCCUCAACACGUGUGUGUCACAUAUCUGUGCAGUGCUCAUGUACUACGUGCCCAUGAUUGGUGUGUCUGUGAUGCAUCGUGCUGCCAAGCAUGCCUCCCCCCUGGUCCACACACUCAUGUCUAGCAUCUACCUCUUUGUGCCUCCUGUGCUCAACCCCAUCAUCUACAGUGUCAAGACUAAGCCAAUCCGACAGGGGAUUUUCACCUUGUUCUCCUGCAAGAGGAAAUUUCUCUGA